AUGCUGAGCCGACUUGCAUGUUCAUUUGCAGGGUGUCCUGAAACCUUCAUAUCUCAACGCGGACGCACAAAGCACAUUCGAACCUAUCAUGGUUCUGUUGAUGCCGUUCCCAAUCCAACCACUGCUGACUCAAACCCUCAUUCCGACUCGGACCCCCAAGAUUUCAAUUUCAAUUUCAAUUUCGACCGUGACCUCAUCAGUGACGACUGCGCUGAUCACGACCCUCAGACAGAAGGUCACUCCAAUCCACAUCAAUCACAGUACAUACCUCACCCACAUCUCCGUGGUGAUCCUUGUGACCUCGAAGGCAAUCGUCUUCCUCCAAACGCCCCCAAGCCUGCUCGCUAUGUAGGCCCUCAAGACAGCUGGGCGCCCUUUGGGGAUCAAGCUGAAUACUUACUCGCGGACUUCUUGUUCCGAAAAGAGGAGAUGUCUGCCCCCAAUAUUGACUUUCUGAUGGAGUUGUGGGCUUUCAAAGCGGCCAAGUACGAGGAGGACAGCCCUUUCAAAUCUCACCGUGAAGUAUACGCCACAAUUGAUGCAAUCCGUGCGGGUGACGUGCCUUGGCAAUGUUUCUCUGUAUCACCACAACAUGACCUUGACUCAGACGUGCCCCGGUGGCAACAGACUGAGUAUCAAGUAUGGUAUCGAGAUCCCGACGCCGUCAUCCAGGCCAUGCUGGCGAAUCCCGACUUUGAUGAGCAGUUUGAUUACACCCCUUAUGUUCAUUAUGACCAGUCAGGGAAGCGGCGGUGGAAGGAUUUCAUGUCAGGCAACUAUGCGUGGCGCAAGGCGAACACAAUAUACGAGAAUGACCCAUCAACGGAAGGAUCCAUGUAUGUCGGAGUCAUCCUUGGAUCCGACAAGACAACGGUAUCCGUUGCCACGGGUCAUGUUGAGUAUCAUCCAUUAUACUUGUCAAUCGGAAACCCGCACAAUUGUGUCAGGCGAGCACACCGUAAUGCGGUCACUCCCAUCGGGUUUCUUGCCAUUCCAAAGGCUGAUCGCAAAUACGAUAAUGACGUGCAAUUUCGAACCUUCAAGCGCCAGCUUUAUCAUUCGUCCCUGGCAGCCAUCCUUAAGUCACUUGAAGGUCCAAUGACGACGCCAAUUGUCCGUCGAUGCCCCGAUGGACAUUUUCGUCGAGUCAUCUAUGACUUGGCAGCUUUUAUUGCCGACUAUCCUGAACAAGUGAUGCUUGCUGGAAUCGUGCAAAAUUGGUGUGCGAAGUGCACUGCACUGCCUGAGGAUCUCGAUGGGAGCACUGCCGAGCGUCGUUCUCAAGAAUAUAAUGAUGUGCUAGUUGAAACUUUCAAUUCGGAAGUGUUGUGGGAUCAGUAUGGGAUAGACGACGACAUUGUGCCCUUUACAAACGAUUUUCCACGUGCGGACAUACAUGAAAUGCUGUCACCAGACCUCCUUCAUCAAGUUAUCAAGGGAUGCUUCAAGGAUCAUCUGGUUACUUGGACUGGCGAGUAUCUGAAGGAAGUCCAUGGCGAGGCACGUGCCAAUGAGAUCAUCGAUGAUAUAGAUCACCGAAUUGCUGCCACACCAGCAUUCCCUGGCCUGCGAAGGUUUCCCGAAGGUCGCCGCUUCAAACAAUGGACCGGGGAUGACUCGAAAGCAUUAAUGAAGGUAUACAUCCCUGCAACUGUAGAGUAUGUUCCUCCCCAGCUUGUCGCAUGCCUCAGCGCAUUCCUGCAUUUUUGCUACCUCGUACGACGGUCCGAACUUGGAGAAGACUCUUUGGCCGAAAUAAAACAGGCCCUACACCAUUUUCACGAGGCCCGCGAGAUUUUUCGCGACUCUAGGGUCAGGCCAAAGGGUUUCGCACUGCCACGUCAGCAUUUGAUGGUACACUACAUCCAUCUGAUUCAAGAAUUCGGUGCUCCAAAUGGCCUAUGCUCAUCGAUCACCGAGUCUCACCAUAUCACGGCAGUGAAGAAGCCGUGCCGUCGAUCGAAUCGGUAUGAAGCCCUUGGGCAGAUGCUGCUCACAAACCAGCGUCUGGACAAGCUCGCAGCUGCACGUGUUGACUUUGUGGCACGAGGACUUCUGCCAGCCUCACAUGCUCCCCCACCCAGGCGCGGCCUUGACUUCGUGGACGAGGGUUUCGAGAAUGGUGCACCGGACAUUGAAAGAGUCCAAGGAUCUGUUGUUUUGGCUCGCAGCCCUCAACGUGGCUAUCCUCGGACACUCGAGACACUCGCAGCUCAUCUCCAGCAGCCCAACCUUCCUUUACUUGCUUGCGAGUUCCUUGCCAGCCAAUUGAACCCUGAAGCAGCUCUGAUCGACUGGAACGACUUACCACAGAUCGACGGUCCAAUUUCUGUGUUUCAUUCUGCCGUGGCUACUUUCUCGGCACCCAGUGAUGUCUCUGGGACUCACGGCAUGCAUCGCGAGUUAAUUCGAUGCACUCCGUCGUGGCGCCGUAAGCAUCCACGAUAUGAUUGUGUCUUCAUCGUCGAGGACCAGGAAAAGGCUGGAAUGAGGGGCAUGAUCAUUGGCCGUGUUAAGCUUUUCUUUUCUUUUCUUUUUGAGGGUGUGACAUACCCUUGUGUGUUGAUUGACAGGUUUUCACGGAUGGGGAGAGGCCCAGAUUCAGUGACGGGCAUGUGGAAGGUGAAGCCUGAGAUUACUGGUGCACAUGGAGCUCGUGUUCAGUCUGUGGAGCAUGUUGAUACCAUUCUUCGAAGUGCUCAUCUCAUCCCUGUCUUUGGCAGCGGUCCCCUCCCCGAUGGUUUUCAUUUUGCUCAUUCUCUUGAUGUGUUUAAUUCUUACUAUGUAAAUCAGUAUGCAGAUCAUCAUGCACAUGAAAUUGUGUUCUGA